AUGCCUAAGCCAAAUAAGCUCUCCAAAAAGGCGGCGGGGCAAAACCCGAACAAAACCUGGCCCGGAAUCCGCGGUCUCCUCACCCUCUCCGUCCUGCCGGUAAUGCAUCGCCAUACAUCGGAGGCCCUCGAUGAGCGCCGCCCGGAUCCAACACCACGUCCCCCUUCCACGCUUACACUCCCACGCCUACCACGGGAUCUCUCCGCUGAACGGCCCAGCUGUGACGAGCUGGGUCGUCACCGGAACAUAAACCACCAGCAGUGCCAAAAACAAAAACGCUAG